AUGCCGUCCAUCCCGCCCGACGCGUUCGCCACCAUGCCCACCCUCACGCUCCUGGCCCUGGACGGCAACCCCAUGCGGUCCCUGCCCGAGCGGGCCUUUGUCCACCUCAACACGACGCUCCGGGGCCUGAGUCUGGGCGGCAAGGCCAUGGACUGCGACUGCCACCUGCGCUGGGUGGCCGAAUGGAUCCGAGACCACGACCUCCAAGUGACGAGUCGAGAGCGGAACCCCCAGUUUUGCGGGUCGCCGGCCCGAUUCCGGGAUCGGACAUUCUACCAGCUGAGUGCCGAAGAGUACACAGCUGGGGUGCCCAAGAUAAUAACCAUCAACACGAAUCGACCUCCUCAUCGACCCCUGCUCAAGCCAAACUCCAACACCAUCAACAACAACAACAACAACGCGCCUUUGCUGGGCAACUCCAUCGUCCACGGCUCCUCUGACUCAUCGGACACGGCACGCGAUGUAGGGGAUGAUGCUUCAUCUGGGCCACUGCUGACCAGCUACCAGGCCCCCCGCGAGAUGGUCGUCAAGGACGCCUUCCGCCGCGACAACUCGGUCAUCAUCCAGUGGGAGGCCCUGGUGGGCAACAUCCUGGGCUUCCGCGUCGUCUACCGCCUCUUUGGCGAGGACUCGUUCAAGCAGGGCCCUCCGCUGGCCUCGAGUGAGCGGGAGAAUGCAUCAUCGUCUGCGUCGUGUCUCUCGAGGAGACGCACAUCAGUCCCGAGACGGUGCCGCAUGCCCAGUGUCGCGAGGUGCGGACGGAUGCUGGGCAGCAGACCCACAUGGACAAGAUCAUCAUCGCCGCCAGCUCGGCCAUCUGCAUCACCGUCGUCGUCGCCGUCGUCGUGUUCAUCUGCUGCAGCCGGUGCAAGGACAGCUCGGGUCUCUCGUCCUCCUCGGCGCUGCCGCUCAAGGAUGCCCUGGCCCAUCAUCAUGCCGGCGGCGGGUUCCUGGCUGCCGGCCCGCCCCUGGCGAGUCUGGGCUCCCUGGCCUCCCUGCACCACCAACACCCGCACCAUCACCAGCUCACUGUCUGCUGCCAAGCACGUGCUUCAUCAGCAGCAGAAUAAGGCGUCGGCCAGGUCGCUGGCUGACGGCCAGAGCCAGAGGAGCUUCUCCGAGUUCUCGGGCAAGUACGUCGGCAGCACGUCCAUGUCCAACUUGUCCCGUGUCGGCGCUUAUUAUUCCCGCGACUGGAAACUCGUCAGCAGCAUUUCUGCGAGGCAAAAAAUAGAAAGAGAGAGAGAGAGAGAUCAAGAACGAGGUGCUGCUGCUGCUGCUGCUGCUGCUGGUGUUGUUGAAGAAAAAAGAAAGCUCGUUAUUGUAAAUGCUGACGAGAAUUAA